AUGAAUGACGGUAGACUCGUCAUUCGUGGAGAGAAGGUUCCGUCGCAAAAUGUAGGCGGUGUUGGUUUUGCUGUGCACCCAUCUUUCGUCCAUCUUGUCGGAGCUGGAGGAAGUGAUCCGCAACGAGAAGUCUUCUACAAAUUCGUUGUCAGAGACUUCAAUGCAAAACUAGGAAAGGCUACAGAAGAGGAAUACAGGAACGGAAGAUUUGGACUAGGGGACCGGAACGAAAAUGGCAAUAGUCUUUCCGGGUUGUUGUCCGCCGGUUACCUCUCUCAUGGGAACUCUCUUUUCAUGAAGAAAGAUCAUCGUCGGUGGGCACGGAAAUCGCCCAAUGGCGCGACUCGUGCGGAGAUCGACCACAUACUCAUCAACCGGAGGUGGUGUCUACUUGACGUCUUAGUAGUACCACCCUUUUGUAGUGGUUCUGAUCACCGUCUCCCUCGUGCGACAAUACGACUUAGCCACACGAUGGAAAAGAACAUCUGCUAUCGGGAACGAAAGAGAAAAGAAGUCGUCUACGACGAUUACGCACUCGAGGACUCCUUAUCUCAAGGUGACUGGCACAUGUGA